AUGCUAUCAUUGAGACAAAAAGACCAUAGAAGAACAAAGAUGGAUACCCUGUUAGGAGCUUCGAUCGAGCUCUCUGACAGCGCAAGAGAUUUACAUACAAAGAUGCUGGCAGGAGGAAUUGGAGCAAUGUUCACACAGCCGGAGUUGCAGACUCAUUCUGGAUUGAGCUCGUUAAAUGACCUUAUGACCAUUGUUCAGGAGCUGCUGGACAAAAACCUCAUCAAACUGAUCAAGCAAAACAAUGAGUUGAAAUUUCAAGCGGUAGAGGUCGUGGAGGCCCAAAAAAAGUCCGCGAUGUCUGCGGAGGAAGCAUUAGUAUAUUCAUACAUCGAGGCAAGCGGCAGAGAGGGCAUAUGGACCAAGACCAUCAAGGCAAAGACCAAUCUCCACCAGCACGUUGUGCUGAAAUGUCUCAAAAGUCUGGAAUCGCAAAGAUAUGUCAAGAGUGUCAAGAGUGUCAAAUUCCCAACAAGAAAGAUCUACAUGCUUUACAAUUUACAGCCCUCCAUAGACGUCACUGGAGGCCCCUGGUUCACAGAUAGCGAGCUGGACGUCGAGUUCAUCAAUAGUUUACUAACAAUUGUUUGGAGGUUCGUCUCGGAACGCACAUAUCCAAAUGGAUUCAAGAACUUCAGCCAGGGCAACAAGGAGAAACUGUAUGCUCCACACGUUAAGAAUUACUCUACAACUCAGGAGAUAUUAGACUUUAUCACAGCUGCACAAGUGGCCAAUGUCGAGCUAACCACUGCCAAUAUCAGAUCCCUCUGCGACGUGCUGGUAUACGAUGACAAGCUGGAAAAAGUCACUCACGAUUGUUACAAAGUAACGCUUGAGAGUGUUCUGCAAAUGACGCAGAGUGGUGUGACUUCGGCAAACGAUCAAGAAGCAGAGUUCUCAAUUUUCGAUUACUUUAAUGUCAUCAAUCCGUCUCAAGGUGAGAAGGAAGCGGUAUAUAUCGAUGAAUGGCCUCUUUAA